UGUGUGACAGGAAAAGACAGUGCUCCUGGAUGAGUGAGAUGGCAGCUGGCUUGGCAAGGAGACAGCACCUUUGUCACAUCGUCAUGUCCCUGUACCCUACAUGCUGCACCUACACCCAGGACCGACGGUAACUGAGGCGGAGGAGAAAGGAGGGCCUGAGAUGGCAAGUCUGCCCUCAGUGGUUCCUGUGUCCUUCAUUUCCACUCUGCGAGAGUCUGUGCUGGACACUGGAGUUGGUGGAGAAGGAGCCAGUGACAGGCAGAGGAGCAAACUGUCUUUAUCACAUUCCAUGAUCCCAGCUGCUAAAGUCCACAUUGAGCUCUGCUUACCAGCCUUCUUCUCUCUUGCUGGAACCUCCUCUGGGUUCCAGCAGCCUCAGCACCACCUGACACUGUCUAUCAUCCACACUGCAGCAAGGUGAUUCUGCCAAAACGUAUCUCCUUAAAAGCCAACUAGAGCUUCUCAUCAGCAUCAGUGUGAAGCCAAAAAUCCUGAGGAGGACAGAGGGAGUCCCUCACAACCUAGACCGGUCCCCUUCCCUCCGGCUGCCUCAACUGUCCGCAGGACUCUCUUCCCGCCUGCGGCCACACUGUGCAACUUGGAAUUUCCCCACCUGGGCGGACUCAUCGCGUCAUCACCAACUGGAUGCAUCUUCUGCUCUGUGAAGCCGGUGAAAUCCUUCUCAACCCUUGAGAUGCAGCCCAGUCUCUUCCUAACAUCUGGAUUCCUCUCUGUCACUGCAUUCCCUCCUGUCAUCCUGCCUUUUUUUCUUACCCUACUCUCUCUCCCAUGUGAUAGGCAUUAACUAAAAUUAAA